AUGGAAGACAUAACAACAAUGGAUUAUAUGUAUGACAGCACAACCUACGCACCGGAGACAACAUUUGCUGUGGAUACCACCGACAUGCCAUUUCUUAAUUUGGCGGCAGUCACGCCAGACAGCGUCGUGGACCGGCUGUUGCACUCCGGCGAGCAGUUGUCGCACAACCAAAUCACCUUCGAGAUACCAUCGCAUCACGAUCUCGAACACAUCAAUAAAUUGCACACAUUCAAUACGCUGCUUCAGCGUAUCGGCAAUGUGGCCUACGACACUGUUGCUUCCGCCAGCGCGCAUAGCGGGAGCAACGUGCCGCAGGAGGAGCAGCACGUGUUGCGACCCUUUGGCGUCGAUGCGACCGGCCAACACAUCACCAACGAACAGAUCUCCAAGAGUGCUGUGCUGAAUUUGGCCGAGCUGAAGAACGGUGUCGGCAGUGUGGGUGGCAGCUUCUUGGAAGACUUCUUCGGCGAUGCCGACAUGCAUGCCGUCAUUAAUUAUUUGUGGAUUGGCGUGGUCACCGCAUUGGUGGUGCUUUCUGUGAUUUUCAUUUUGUUCUCCUGCUACUUUUACCGCAAGUUUCGGCAAUGGAAGAAAUGCAAUAAGGACAUACGCAACCACUUGAGCAACGACUUGUAUGCCGACGGUCAUUUUGUCGUUUGCGACCGUUUAAUGGACGCCCGCGGGAGACAUACAGUAACAGCUGCUAACGCUGCCUCCGCCGCCUACUAUCAGCAGAUGGAGUCGCCGCCAUGCUAUACCAUUGCCACCGGCCUGCCGACUUACGAUGAGGCAUUGCAUCAUCAACACCAACACCAGCACUUCUCCUACGGCAUGAAGUUCAUCUAUCCGACGAUUACGGCUGUGCAUCACCAUCCGGCCAUUGCUGGUGUGUACAAUAACAACAUGCUCACAGCCACAUUGAAGAGGCAGAGCGACUUGGAACAACAGCAACAAGCGCAGGAGCAGCUAAUGAAGCAGAAGACAUACAAAGUGUCGUCCGUGGCGUUGGAGGACGAAGCGUCGCUGGAAGUUGCCAUGCCCGCCAGCUACGAUAUUGCGGAACUGCAUGGUCUCAAUUUGUCGUCUGGCAGCAUGAGUGUAACCGCGCCAUUGUUGGGUGUCAAUGCCGCCACGACGAAGACGUCGGCGUCGUCGCUGGAGGAAGUGAUUACCAUACGCUUGGACGACAUGACACCAACGGGUGCGUUGCCGAUCGAAGCAACAGCGACGCCACGCCGUCCGGCCAUGUUUUAUAAUGAGUUGCGCCGCGAGCGGGGUGUGGGUGAGGAGCGGCAGUGCAGCGCAGUGACGAUAGCGUGA